UUUUUUUCCUUUUCCCCCAGUUCUUUAAGGUAAACACCAAAAAGAGCUGAUUAUAAACUAUAAUCUCUUAUCAGUGAAAUCUAAAAAAUUCAAAAAAAAAUAUUGCUGCAAGAAAGUGUUUAUGUUUGUUGGAAGGCGUAGGUUAGCUUUAGUAUAGGCAUUUCAUGCAUACAUUGUCAUGAAUGUAGUGGAAAGAUAUUCUAUAGAAUUAAAAUGAAAUCUAUUAUAAUAACACAAUAUGGAGGGCCAACGAACAUUGACAAGCUUGUCUUUUAAAAGCGUUCGACACUCCUAGAAAUUCCUUUCCCUCAUAUUUACUGGUGUAUGGAGAUUUUGUACUGACAGCCUGACGUGUGUUAAUUUGUGCUCUUUCAAUUUACCCUCUUUUUUUUACCUGUUUAAAACAGUGGAUUACGAAGAUGAAAUUUAUUGACUUUCAAGGGAAAAUGUCGAUAAUUUCCGUUAAUGUAAAGGGCAGAUAACUCUGUUGGUGUUAAAAUUUCAAACAAUGGCCUUUGUGUCAUAGAGUCAUCAAACACGUCAGGAAAAUGUGAAAUAUUUAAUUUCAAAGUCAUCUAAAUUGGACGAAAGCUGGAAGAUUCCUCCAGAUAUCUUUUUAUAGCACCAGAUCAGGGUUUAUUUUUCUUCUUCUAUAUCCUACCUGUAGAGCUGUAAGGUAAAAAUACCUGUGUUUAUAUCAGCUGAUACUCUCAUGGGAUUUAAAUCAACACUGUGACGGAAGAGUUAGAGAGGGCUGUGUAAAAUGUUUAUGGUCAGGUAAAUGAUUCACCUGUUUUUGAGACUGUGUCAGAUUUCCGAGAGGAACUUCUUCGAUGUUUACCAGGUAGAGAAUGUACAAUGACACGGACAUCGUUAGAGAAUGGAGGAUACUGCUAGUUUGUUUUUGGUCUAAACAGGUGGGAGAGAUCAAAUUUAAUGUACAGUGACUGAUUACGUAAAGAGAGGAUUUUAAGUUUACCGAGUGGAUAUAACACAAACUGCGAGGGUAAAAUUAGAAGAUUUUCUGCUGAUAAGAAGAAUUUUUACUCCUCAUGAAUAUUCUUCAGUUUUCAUAAUUAUACACUGUGUGUGCUUCCUAUAGGAUGACAAAUGGAUAAGGCAGGUCAGAUUGACAGUUAAUUAGUGUAUAGUGCCAGAGUCAGCCCUUCUCUGAAGACUUAAGAAUGUUUUCAUCUUCAGAAAAUCCUCUGUGAUCUCUGAAACCAUUAAAUCCUCUCUCACACAGGGAGAUUGUCUGUGGGGAACAGAAAACUGAUCAUUAGGACCCAUUCAGGAAUUUCCGUGAAUUAUAACCAACGUCCUUAGAAGAGUCAGCUAAUUCAACAGGAAAGGGAAGACUACUCCAUUAAUUAGCAACUUAAUUACAGACUCAGUGUUCCUGCUACAGAGCUGUGGAUGUAAAAGGUUUAUUAAUUAAGAGAGCCGUUUAUUUCGUCUGUGCCAUCUGAUUUCUAAACUGCUGUAGGGUAGCAGCAUUGGACAUCUGGUGGCUUGUAUGUGUGACAUAAUACACAGCCAAUUGUUACAAGAAAAUAGGGGGAUGACAUAACAUUAUAAGUAGGGAAGCCUGUCAGGAUAUGUUAGCAUCACAAACAAGCCUGACUGUGUGUGUAUAGCCUCUGCAGAAUUCACACAGACUUAGCUAUUGGACAUAACACCAAGUGAGUACUGCAGACUUAGAAUUGUUCAUCUGAGUUCGAGCUGUGACUAUUGGUGCUCUGAGAAUAACACAAUUCAGGGCUGUUUUUAGAAGCAGGCAAUCAAGUAUUUUUAGAGGUUUUAAUAGACGCCUUGUAUGCAGUCGCUGGUGAUCACGAAUAAGGAACUGUGAAUUAAUUAGGUUUGUACAAGUCGUGUACAUGUACACAGAGGAAUAUUCGACCAGGCAAAUCGUGAUGGACGGUUAGAUACACCAAGGAAAUGGACCCAAUGGACAGUUCCUGUUGACCAUUUGAACUGUUUAUAAAUGCUUUCUUUGAAGUGGAGUGUGAAGAAAAAACCUGUCUCUAAUUAGCAACGCAGGGGUAGUGAUUGCUCUUUCUGGAGUUUAUCUUGUCUUACAAUCAGGUAUUUUUAGGAUUUCCUUCGAGAUCCAUUAAAUUUAGCAUCUCUGUUGAUAUGCUGGAAAGAUUGGGAAUCGGUAGUCAGUGAUUGGGGAGGUUACAAACUUCCUGUGUUUUGUAUUUAAUCUAACCAGGAGAUAAAAAACAACCUAUCUCUGCAGGGUAGUUCUGAAGCAAGUGUUAUGAUGUGCCCAUUCAGCUCAACAUCAGUGAAUGUCUCAGACACUGUGAGGCAUGGAAGAUAGCAGAAAAUCAUUCAUUCCAUUCCGUAAGAAAACCAAUAAGCUGAACCGAUCCAAACGCAUUAGUGCAGCCAGACAUUUUCUUCAGUCGGAGAUUUUCAAACUCAAUUUUCAAGAUCUAGCUUCCUCGCCUAAGUUCAGACCCCAGAGAUAUGGUUUCCUUGAUGAAGAUGAUUUUGAGGAUUUUAAACAGGAUUUGUUGGAUUUCCGAGUGUUGAAACAAGAGUUUGAGGAAAGGAGCAGUCCUAGUUGUAAACGUAAACCCAGACAAGACACGGCAGAAUCAAAGAAAAGUCGAUUUAGCCCCGAUCAAUUAAUGGAAUUUUUCAACAGUGAUGAAAAUUUUCAGGAGUUUGAGAGGGUGUUUGAGACGUUCAAAAGUAAGAGAUUCUCUAACAGUGCGGAUAAGUUACGCCUGUCCCUGAAUAGGUUCGAUGACAGUGACAGCAGUGAUGACGAUGACAAAACAGUCGUGUUAGAUGACGAGUUAUUCAUAGGUGACCUUGAUGAUGAUCCAGAGGAGGAGGACAUGUUUGCAGAAUUUUUUGACAAUGAUGAGAGUUUUAUUGAAUUUGAGAGGGAAUUCCAGACAUUUAAGGUCAAACGUAGAUCUCGAGUAAUAGAUCGAAUAAAUCGGCAGUCUGGCUGUGAUAUUGUUUCAGAACUACAAGCAAUCUGUGAUAGAGACCCAACAAAGAAAUACGAUGCCAUGCUAGAAGCUGGUGAACAGAGACUGUGGAAUUCUGGGGGGGAGUGGGACUAUAUCUUCAGUCACCUAAACAAGAAUAAGUCCUCAUCAAGUUCAAACAUAUCAGGGAAUUAUGGGAGUUGUUCAAGUCUUAAUACAGUUCAUACUUAUUCGGAAUGUGAUACUGGAUUUUACUCGGCUGAUCCUAGUAAUGUGAACAGCAUUCAGAGUUAUUCGGAAUGCGCCCCCUGUUCAGGAUCACAUGGUGACAAUUCACAUUGUGUUCAGUGUUGCUCAGAACCUAGUCAUGUGAACAAUACACCAAAGUGUUCAAGCUUAGAAUCUCAUGCUCAAAAUUCUACACAUGACUGUCAUUUUACGAGUCACCAGAAGUGUGCGCAGUUUGUUCGACUGCCCUGUAAACACUCCCCCGGGGGACCUCCUCUAGACGACUCCUCCCAAGAUUUCACGGGACCAUCCAACUUCUCCGACACGACACAGAGCGGCAGCAGUGAGGCUGUGUCGGAGGCUACAAAUGAGAAGGAUGAGACGGAUAGUGGUUACAGGUCGGGGACAAUUCCUGACGACAAGUUACCACGGAAACCGAGCCAAGCCACACUGAAUAGGGAGGAGUUGAGGAAGAAGUUAGAGGAGUAUAAUACUUUGGUUCCCGGGGCCGACUUCAAGCUGAAGACAGAGAAGGAGGAAACUUUUCAAGGUUUUGUGAAGGUGACCUUGAACCUGGUGCGACCAAUCUGCAUGUCUCUGGGGGCACGCCCUCCUUCCAUCUAUGAGUUGCUGACGAUGGAGCACAUCGUGGAACAGAACACGCAGACCAUUUCGUUUUACAUGCCCCGGGACACCGUUAAGUCCAUCCACAUCAACAGUGAUGAGACAACGAAGGAUGUGAUCUCAAUGUUGCUGAAGAAGUUUCAUAUAUUGGACAAUCCAAGAAAAUUUGCUCUAUAUGAGCAGGAGCUGAAUGAAAAAGGCAAAAUAGCCAAGCUCCGUCGCAUUCAGGAAGUGGAAUACCCCCUCCACGUGUCGCUGCACUGGGAGUCGGACAGAAUCGACCGAACACGUUUCGUUUUACAGGAGAACGAAAAUGGUGAAAUCGAUUGGGAAGCAUUCAGUUUACCCGAGUUAAAUAAUUUCCUGCGAGUUUUAGACAGGGAAGAGCAGGAGUACCUAACGGAACUUAAACACAAGUAUAAGUACAUGAAGAAGAUAGUCCAACAGAGGCUUAAAGAUCUCCGAAUCCAGAAACAGCUGGCUGCUGCUAGCAAGAGGGACUCGUACAUCCGCCCUGCAGGCGCGGAUCACCCGCUUGCCCAAUCUUCAUGAUUACACAAAAGGUUGUGAUGCCUCACAAGAGGAUGUGGUGCUCUUGUCAUGUGAUAUUAUAUUGUCCAAUCAGGUGACCUCAUAGCAUUACAUGCAGAACUAAAACAAUCAAAAUGAGGCUCUUGAACUUGUUGGAUUGAAAUUUGUUGAUACCUCGGGCGUUUUAUGAUGUGGAAUUUGUGUCGGUGUAGUGCCUACGAUUAGAAUCUUCAUUCCUAGUUUGGAGGUGAAAAGUCCAAAAAUAUCACUGUGAUGUUAUUCUACAAAGGAACAAUUUUGUGGAUAGUGACAUAGAGACUCCAAUGGAGACUGGCUGUUCCAUCUUAAAAUGGCUACACUAGCCAUUCUAUAUAUUGUUGAUACAUCUUAAAAUGGCUACACUAGCCAUUCUAUAUAGUGUUGAUACAUAUAUUAUAUAUAGAUAUAUAUAGUAAUUUGCAUGCAUCAAAGACUAAUCAUGCAAAAAAAAAAAAGAUAAAACAUUGUAAUUAAUUUGAUAUGUAUACUCAGCAUUGUGUAAAUCCUUCAUGCUGUCUCAUUUCUCUCCAUCCUGUGUAGGGCAACAGAAUGAAUUCCAUUCAACAUUACAGAACUCGAGUUAUAAUCACCGGUAGGCUGUUUUCUGCAUCAUCAUCCAGUAUGAUAUAUAAGGACUAUUUAUAUAUAUAUAUAGAGUUACAGAGUGCCAAGUAAUUUAUUAUUAGUGUGUUUCUCUUGUGAAUUUCACGUGGGGCUUGGAUUUCAUACCCGAGAUCAUGCUAAAGAUUGAUAUCAGAGUGGUAUCCAUUGAGUUCCGUUAUCGGAUUUAUUCGGGGUGCAGACAUUGUUUCUUUGGACUAAUGAUAUUAAUAAGGAAGGAUAUUGCCUACUGUUUUUAUUUGUUUUGAUAUUUUGUUAGAUCGGGUAUUGAAUUCUCAAGUCUUGCACAAUCAAAAUGUUGUAUUCAAUUCAUCGUAUUUGUAAAUCGGCAGCUCCGAGUUAAAUGAAAACUUAGUGUGUGAUGCUCAGGUUUACGGAUUCUGUACACCUUACAUAAGCUUCUCACAUCUUACAGACAGUAAGCAGGAAUUAAAUCUACACCUUAUUGCCACUAGAAUACCAAUUUAUUGAAAACAUUUAUACUUCUAACUCAGUACCUUGGUACCAUAAUAUUCUAGCAUAAUAUUAGAUGCAGAUAAAAUCUGUUUUACCCCCCACAUGUGUGUUCAGGGUGCAUCUAAUGCAAAAGUACCGGUUGAUCAUCCUCCCCCCCCCAUCUCCCAAAUAAUCUACCGUGCCUCUCUGCAUUUCCUCUGACAUCUAUAUGACUCUGACCCGGACCAUCUCUAUGUUUUUGAACAUUUAUGUUGUAUACAAAUUGCAUAAGGAAAUUAUGAUUAGACUACUAAUGCUUAGACUUCAAAUCAUGGUCAGACAAAAGCUAAGACUCAUUUUGCAUGGAAUUCAUGCAGUGUUUGGAAAGGUCUGUGUGAUAAUUAACAAACCAGCUUUUCUUCUUUUUUAUUUCUCUUGGAAAAGCCCAUGCACAUUUAAGAGAGGCCACCAUACAAUAUUGCCACAUCUUGCUCACAAACGCGCUGUAUAUCGAUUCAUGAUGAAAUAAAACCUUGUUCAGAAGCUGUUGUAUGGUGUGCAUGCCUAAUAGACUAGUUAUUUAUACACACAGCAGCUGUUGCCUCCGCGGACACUCUGUGUAGAAGUGCCUUUUCAUACACAGGUCAGAACAUGUCACCAAUACACAUGCACAUUCUAUCAAUGGGAUUUUUUAAUCAACAUUUACGCCGUAUAGCAUCUUCUCUCGUGACCAAAUAAUUCACACAUCUUGCUUCUCUACAGCCGUAAAUUGAUGUCUUAUACUCUUGUCUACUUUCAGUUCUUUGCUCUGUGUCGGACAAAAGCUUGACUACCAUCUGUGAUGGUAAUCAGCGAGGGGUGAAAUAUGCUGACAUCAGCAUAAACAAAUCAGGGGAGCUUGGGGUCUUGUUUACAAUGACACCAGAGAAGGGGGAUUUGUUUACAUAUCUACCAUAGCAGGUGUCCCUUAACUCCUGGAGAAUUUCUGAUUAAAGUCAGACAGAGAGCAAAGAAGAAAUUAAUCAUAAGGAAAUGAUGCCUCUCAGACCAUGCUGAAUAUGAAACACCUGAUAUUCUGUCCUAUCCGGACAGCAGGAACACUCCGUUUAAUUUUUUCCUUUCUUGUGGUGUGUAUGAGUUGCCUUACAAACCUUGUGAUGUUCAUGUAAAACUUUGACAUGUAUUAGGACCAUGCUCUGUCACACUACUAUUUGGUAUGCGUCCUGAAAAAUCCUUGGAGCUAUUUUUUCUUGCUCAUGACGCAUGUGCAGAAAAGAUUCAAGUUUUAACAACAAAGCUGCAUUUUUCAUGUUUUAUUACGAUUUAGAUUUGGUUUUUCAUCUUUUAUUGUGAAUAUGUCAUCCUCGCCAUCUCUUUGUUGUUAUCACUCAUUGCACCUGUGUUGGGUUUUCUGUUUCUAUUGGGGUGGUUUUAGUUAGGAAAUUUUCUUUCAAAUCCAAUCAUCAAAAAAGAAAUGUAAUCUAUAUUCCCAUUAGACAUAGCUAUAUUUAUUAGUACAUUCAUGUAUAUGUAAACAGAAAAGAAAAAAAGAUGUAUAAAAUUUACUAAAAUGCAGAUGCUGAAAUGAUUUGUGGCAUGUGCUGUUGAUCUCUUAGACUAAUUAACAGAUUUAUUUUGUGGUAAUUGUAAUAAUGACUGGUAUAUUAUGGAAUGACUGCCUUAUAUUCUCUGUGAAAAUGCACCUUUUUUUGUGCAGUGGUGUUGUAAUCAGAUCACAACAGAUUAAAACUUUGUAAUCAUUUUUUUUAUUUAAUUUUCAUUCAGGUCAUGAUAUGACCUUGAAGAGUAUUACAUGACCUUGACUCAUCAAAGUAAACACAGCUUUACAAAUCUUGUUACAUACAUUGUUGACUUCUCUAUAUCUUACAUUGAAAACGAUUAAAAAAAAAACAAUAAAAAUGAAAGAAAA